AGGCAAAGUUUAUAAAGAGAUUUGGCUCCACUACAGAAGUGUGUGGUUUCAGUCAGGUCUCAGCCCCUCCAUCCUGACUGACCAUUCUGAUCUGCUGCACCGGCUCUCUGAGCAGAAUGGUUUGGCUUGUUCCGGUGCUCUUUGGCAUCCAGGCGCUUUGUUCCUGCGCUGCCGCCCCUCCUGCCCGCGGAGCAGCGGCCGCGCUGCUCUCCCCCCGCUGUGAUGACACCGCAGUAGAGGAGGCUGCAGACCUGGCUCUUCGCCAGAUCAAUGCUGACCGAGCAGAGGGCUACAUACUCAGCCUCUACCGAAUUUCCAGCGUUCGAGAACAACCUCAGGAGAUCACUGGUUCUGUCUUCUAUCUCAUCUUGGAUGUAGUAGAUACUGAAUGCCAUGUACUCAGCAACAAAUUGUGGAAGAACUGUAACACCAGACCUGCUCACUCAACUGUUUAUGGUCAAUGCAAAGCAAUUAUCUACAUUAAUCAGGAAAGAAAUAUUUCUCAUCUGAAUACUUAUGAGUGCACUUUACAACCAGUUCCAUCCAGAUAUAUUUGGUCAGUAUGUCCUGACUGCCCAGUUGAUGACAGUCCAGCUAAGCCCGAAUAUUUGGACGCUGCUGUUCAAAGUCUCGCCAAGUUCAACAAAGAGAGUGAACAAACUCAUUAUUUCUCUGUCCUCAAUGUCACAAGAGCUUCAAUGCAGUGGGUCAUUGGUCCUGCGUAUUUUGUAGAGUUUUUAAUUCAGGAGACAUCCUGCUCCAAAAAGGACACGGUUGCUGACGUCAAGUGUGAGCCACUUCCAUCGGAAGUAGCUCAAAUUGGAUUCUGCGAAGGCUCUGUAGUAAACAGUCGCAUGGAAAAGUUUGUCACAAUAUCCUGUGAAAUCUACAGUCCGCAGGGUCCUGCCACUGAAGAGGAGAAACAGGAAGCUAAUCAGACACCUGAAAAAUCCAGCCAGAAUCAACAAGCUUCCCAUUCAGAAGAUCCUUUCUCCCCACACCUAGAAAAAACAGUGGGCUGGGUCAAAAUUCUACCCCCUUCAGAUGAGGACAUCAGUUUCUUUAGCCUAAGAGAAAGUCAAAAUGGACAUAAAGAUGGAAAGCCAGUUCCACCUAAGGCUGUAGGACCUACACCCAGUUUUGAUGGAGAAAAGACUCAAGUAAACAAACCAGACUUGACCAAACCAGUCACUGGACCAGUUAUUCUCCCUUUUCCUGAAGAACUUUCUCUAUCAGACUCGUGCCCAGGAGAAGCAAAGCAGAUGGAUGGCAUCCUUCAUCCUUUGAUAACUAGAAAGCCUACCACAGUCUAGCCAGCAUCCAACCACCUCAGCUAUCUGUAACAAAAUAACAGCCACCAUGGCAACCCAGUCUUGCAAUUGUGUAACAUCUUCAAGUAAAUAAAUUGCUUAUCACAGUCUUCA